AUGUUCAACCCGGAUAUGUUCAUUGCUCUUUGCAGAAUAGGUGUCCUGAGCCCCGAGGGUAAAAGCUUCUCAUUGGAUGCACGCGCAGAUGGUUAUGGUCGCGGCGAGGGUGCAGCGGCCUUGGUACUGAAGCCUCUCAGUGCUGCGAAACGUGACGGAGACUUCAUACAUGCUGUCAUCCGAGAAUCAUCCAUGAACCAAGAUGGUAGGACAGCAACGAUCACGUCACCUUCUGGAGACGUCCAGCAAGCGCUCAUCCGUGAUUGCUACAAUAAAGCGGGAAUAGAUAUGAGCUCCACGUGCUACGUUGAGGGGCACUUCACGGGUACUAUCGCUGACGCUAUCGAAGCAGAAGCAAUUGGGUCUACAAUUGGCGAAGCGAGAAAGCCGCACCCUUUGUAUGUGGGUACCAUCAAGCCGAACAUUGGGCACACUGAACCCGUGAGCGGUAUUGCAUCAAUUAUCAAAGUCGCUUUGAUGCUCCGUCACAAACUUAUCCCGCCAAAUGCCCACUUCGAAACGCCUAAUCCUCGCAUUGCCUUCUCUCGCUGGAACCUCCAUGUGCCUACCUCUCUUAUUUCCUGGCCGGAUGAUCCACUUCGGGCCUCCGUCAACAAUUUUGGUUACGGUGGGACCAACGUUCACGUCAUUAUGGAAGCUUACUCCUGUGACCAAAUUAGGGAGGACACAAACGGGGAGAAUGGCAACUGCAAUGAGAAAAGUAAAGCACAAACUCCACUAUCCUACGUAUACCUGGUUAGCUCCAAAGAAGAAUCUGGAGUACAGGCCAUGAGCCAGACGCUGGCCAAGUAUAUUAGGAUGGUAGAGGGUAAUAAGGCCCAAGCCAACGACAAUUAUGCUCCUGCUCUCGCGUAUACACUCACAAAGAGACGCUCUCGUUUCCCCUACACCGCCGCUGUAAGAGCUGGAAGCUUAGACCAGCUCGCCACCCGAUUGGAGGACCCCCACAUCACGGUGCGCAAAGCGUCGACCGAUAAUUGUCGUAUAGGAUUCGUUUUCAAUGGUCAGGGAGGACAGUGGCAUGCCAUGGGCCGCGGACUCAUUGACGCAUAUCCUGCAUACAGAAAGGCGAUGGAGCGGGCCGAUUGGACUCUCCAGCAUCUAUAUCAUGCGCCUUGGUCUCUCAUGGAAGAGAUGACGCGCGACGAAGGAACUUCACGCAUGCAUGAGAUUGGCUUGAGUCCUGCCAUCAGUGUCGCUCUUCAGCUAUGUCUUGUCGACUUGCUCCGGACCUGGGCCUGCUUUCCUUCGGCGGUAGUCAGCCAUUCAAGUGGUGAAAUCGCGGCCGCGUAUGCGGCAAGCGUCAUUUCAUUCGAGGAAGCUCUUGGAAUCGCGUAUCAUCGCGGCCGGCUGUCAGAAAAAUACCAACAAAUUCACGCGCUGCGGGGAGGUAUGCUGGCUGUAAGGCUCAGUGCAGAAAGCGUGAAGGAGUACAUUGCAGAAGUUUCCGAAGGAGCCGAGGAUAGAAUUGGCAUCGCUUGCAUCAACAGUCCAAGCAGCGUGACACUCUCAGGCGACAUCGACGCACUUCUAAAGAUUGCUGCGCUACUGGAAGAGGAUGCUGUGGUGUGUCGAAAGCUGAAUGUCGGAUGCGCAUAUCAUUCAUCACACAUGCUCCACAUGGCUGAAGACUAUAAAAAGGCAAUCAGCUCAGUCCUUUCAUCCCCGACAAGCCGCGGCGGCAGAGUUGCGCAAGUGCCUUUUGCAUCUCCUGUAACUGGCAGUAUCAUGUCGGACGCUUUCCUUCCAGACCAUUGGGUUCGCAAUCUUACAAACCCUGUAUUGUUCUCACAAGCACUCAAAAGCAUGAUGGUUCAUGGUCAGAUUGAUGUUAUACUCGAGAUUGGUCCGAAUGUCCUACGAGCCGAAGACGUCUCUUGGCUGGCUGAUCAUCAGCUUCAGGGGGAGACUGUCCUGCCUGCAGCCGGGUACGUAUCAAUGGCCAUUGAAGCACUUCAUUUCGUGAACCGUGCUGCCGGUAUCGAUAAGCUGCUCGUGGGAUACAAAUUGCGGAACGUUGAUAUAACGAGCGCACUGGUCGUGCCUGCACUCUCUUCUGGCGUUGAUAUUGUCUUCUCACUCCGGCCGUGCAGCAAGAAAGAACUAGACCAUGAAAGUUGGUACGAAUUUGACCUUUUCUCUGUAGACAACAGUAUAUGGGUUCAGCAUUGCCGAGGCUAUGUAGGCGCAGAGAAGAAGUCCGCAAGCAAAACUGGAUUCAGCGUGUCUAAUAGCCAGCCCAACGUCGACAACUUCUUGACAGGGUAUGAGGAACCUAAUCUUGUCACUGCAGACGCGGUCUUCUCCUCGCUGCGCGGCAUGGAAUUUUACCACGGGCCGUGUUUUCAGAAUUUGGCGGAUAGUAAGGUCCUGGGGAAGAAGUCAAUUACGCAAUUCCGAAUCGCACCUGUUGCGUCCAACAAAGAAGGCUCCAAGACUAGCGCUAUACUCCACGCGACAACAUUAGACUCAAUAUUUCAGUCUUGUUAUUCCGGUCUGGCUGCUCAACUCGAACAGGGUGAUAUACUCAUCCCCCGCUCUAUCGAUUUUAUAUCAGUGCCGAUAAAGACUGCUCAGUCUCUUCAGGCGCUUGCUGAGCUCACAUCCUGGACCAAGCGUCACGUGGAUUUCCAUGCAUGGGUGGUUCCUGGUAGACUGGAACAUGAUGAGCAUGGUGAUGAAUCGCUUCCUUUCCAGAUAAAAGGCUUUCGAUUGCAAAUGAUGCAUCAAAGGGGCACGCGCGAGAGUGAACACGCGCAGCCAGACAAGAGACUCCAUGCCAAGUGCAGAUGGGAGUUGGAUAUACACCACGGCAUACCGACGGAGAUCAAAGAAUCAAUGAGAUUCUGGCCGUCGGAGAGAUUGAUCGAGUCGCAGUCCAGGCUGCGUCGAGCGUGUGGAUAUAUGAUCGUUGAUGCGUAUCGCCAGCUCCAGCAAGAUGAUAUCGGGCAGUGGGAUUGGCACUACAAGAAGUUCUACAAGUGGAUGGGUUCGGUUGUUCACGGUCUGAACGAUAAUAUCAACGAGGACGAGGCGAGCAAGCAACUCUUGUUCGAGAGUGUUGCAGCAGAAGAUGCAGUCGGCGAUCUCACUUGCCGUAUUGGCAUGCAGCUUGCGAACAUUGUUCGAGGCCAUGUUGCACCACUGGAAUUGAUGCGGGAGAAUGACCUUCUCAACCAGUACUACCAACAGAUGCCUCAGCUCGUACACGGUUCAUACAAGCAAGUGGAACGGAUACUGCGGCUUUAUGCGGCCAGAGAACCCGGUGCCAGUGUGUUGGAGAUUGGUGCUGGUACUGGAGGAACGACGCGGCAUGUCCUGGAAGCGUUUAGUGAUUCAAUGAGUGGUGAUGGUUGCGAUGAUGAAGAUGGCUCAGGCAGCUCUUCUAUCAAAACUUCGCUACUUGGUCAUUAUGACUUUACUGAUAUCUCGGCCGGAUUCUUUGGGCCAGCCAAGGACAGAUUCAAGGAUUGGGAGCAUUUGAUGGACUUUCGAAUCCUUGAUAUCGGGUCGGAUCCGCAACAUCAGGGCUUUGCUGCCCACAGUUACGACCUGAUAGUCGCGGCGCAAGUCUUGCACGCCACUGCGAACCUGGAACGAACACUAGCAAAUGUUAGAAAACUACUGCGGCCCGGCGGCAAACUCCUGAUGUUGGAGAGUACGCAGGAUGCUCUCGAUGCGCAACUCGUGUUCGGUACAUUGCCGGGAUGGUGGUUAGGAGAAGACAGUGGUCGGGAGAGCAGUCCAAACGUCGGGCUCGAGUGCUGGGACCGGGUACUCAAAGCUACUGGCUUUAGUGGCAUCGAUUUCGAGCUGAACGACUGCGAGAAUGCGAUGAUGCACAGCACCAGCCUUAUCUUGGCGACAGCACAAUCUGAUCAGGAGGUCCGCAUGUUGCCUUCAACCGUCCACAUCCUACACGACACAAACAGCAGCGUGCAGACAGCUUGGCUCGAAGAGCUUAAACAAGCCGUCACGGCCCAAACAGGAGGUACUGUGAAGUUGCAAAGGAUAAACGAGGUGCGGGACAUCACGGCAGAUGAUGUGGUGAUGGUUACAGUUGAUAUGGACAGCGCAUUUCUGUACGCAAUGGGGCCAAGCGGAUUCGAAACGCUGCGUAACAUUGUCCUUCGCAGCUAUGGUGUACUCUGGCUAAGCUGCGGUGGGGUGAUUGAUGCAAGUAUGCCUCAACGUGCGCUCGUUCAAGGACUUUUCCGGACUCUGCGGCGGGAAGAUACAAGCAAACGAUACGUCCACCUGGAUUUCUCGUCGUCUACCAAUCCAUGGACAUCAGAGACAGUUCGGCAUGCGGUCCACGUCUUCCAGGACGCUUUUGACCAGAACAAAGACGUCAGCACUACCCGAAUGGACUGGGAGUAUGGGGUCAAGGACGGUUUGUUACAUGUGCCUCGACUAUGGCCAGAUUUUGCGCAAGACGGUCUGCUUUGCGAAAAGAGGAUGUCAACACAGAAGAGGCCGUGGUACGAACAAGACAGAGAGCUUGUGUGGGAGGUGCCGGAUGCUGGGCGAAAUCAGACGCGGUUCAUCGAGCGCAACAUGAGCGAUGAUCCACUUGCAGAGGAUGUGGUGGAAAUUGAAGCUCAGGCGUUCGGAAUCAACUUCAAGGACGUUAUGACUGCAAUGGGCCUGAUCGAGGAGGAUGGCGACUUUGUAGGGCAUGAGAGCGCUGGCAUCGUCACACGCUUGGGUAACGACACUGUGCAAAGCGGCCUCCGAGUAGGCGACCGUGUCUGUGGCAUUUUCCGCGGGCGUUUUGCAUCACGACCGCAAGCGCGUUGGACGAGUGUCGUGGCAGUACCUGAGAGUAUGUCUCUUGACAACGCCGUUUCGAUACCAUAUGCUUACGGCACUGCGCAUCUCGCUCUCCACCAUGUUGCACGGUUGCAACGCGGCGAGCGGGUACUGAUCCAUUCAGCUGCCGGAGCGCUUGGGCAGGCGGCCAUCACACUUGCGCAACAGAUGGACGCUGAUCUGUUUGUGACAUGUUCGUCGUCUCGCAAGCGCACGCUUUUGAUGAUGCAAUAUGGCAUUCCUGCCAACCGCGUGUUUAGCAGUCGCAGUGAUACAUUCGCCGCUGCUAUCAUGACGCAGACAAGUGGCCAUGGGGUCGACGUCGUCCUCAAUUCGCUGCGAGGUGCUCUACUCCAGGCGUCAUGGCACUGCAUUGCACGCUUUGGUCGUUUUGUUGAGUUGGGUAAGGUGGACGCUGAGGCACAGCGCACGCUGAACAUGUUGCCUUUCCGCCGUAGCGCCUCUCUCACUGCGCUUGACCUGAUCCAAUACAGCGAGUGCAAGAGCAAGACCGCGGUACUGCACGCAGCGCUGAGAGACAGCAUACAGCUACUGAAUGCGCGCCAAAGGCCGCCCAUGACGCCAAUCACGUCACUCCCCGUAUCUGCUCUGGACCAGGCUAUGCAGUCGAUGCGAACCGGCCAACACAUGGGGAAGCUGGUGCUACGGACUGGCCCCGAUGACCGUGUUCGCGUGAAGCCACGUGACCUAAAGCCCAUAUGCCUCGACGACGUCGACGCCACAUAUCUGGUGCUCGGUGGGCUAGGUGGAGUGGGCUAUGCCAUAACGAGCUGGAUGGUGGAGAAAGCUGGCGCCAGGAACAUUCUCGUUGUCUCGCGGACCGCCGAGUCUCAUCACCGUCGCCCUGCACUGGAGAAGCUGGCGGCCGCCCAUGGCUGUGCGAUACACGUGCGAAACUGCGAUGUGAGCGACGCAGAUGCUGUACACGCGUUACUGGCGAAUGUGGCCCGGUCGCCUAUACCACCCAUCGCUGGCGUCAUUCACGGUACUGUCGUUCUCGAUGACUCUAUCUUGGAGCACAUGUCGUUUGAUCAGUGGCGGCGUGUCGCACAGCCAAAGACAAUCAGCGCAUGGAUCCUGCAUGAGCAGCUUCCCCACCUGCGCUUUUUUGUCAUGCUAUCUUCUGCCACCGGCAUCCUUGGACAUGCAUCGCAGGGCAACUAUGUUGCCGGAAAUACGUUUCACGAUGCUCUAGCCAGGCACCGCACUGCCCGGGGCUUGCCUGCUGUUUCCAUUGACCUCGGCCCUAUCGAGGACGCCGGUUACCUCGCAGAGCGCAGUGAGGAGCUCCGACGAAAAACCGAAAAGUCGCUCAGUAUGAAGUGUAUUCCAGUGAGCCAUGUGCUGCGUGCUGUCGAAGACGCCAUCCGCCAUCCCCUUCGCUCCCGUCCCGAAGAAAGCCAGAUCGUGACUUGUAUGGCUCGGUACGAUACCCUGCCUGCAUUGCCCACGCUCUUGAACGACAACCGUCUCGGCACUCUGCGCUUUGGUAACGUCGCCGACCCAACGUCCGCUACCGCGAAACAGCAAAUCGGCCCUGUUGCAAAGCAAGUCAAGGAUGUGGACCGCUUCGUCUCUGAUCUCACAUCGAUCCGCGACUCCCACAAUGACAUUGAAGGUCGCCAUCAAGCUAUUGUAGCCGCGACCUCCCUAUUCCUGGCUGCCAAAAUUGCAAGCUUCUUCAAUCGCACCGUGCAAGACAUUGAGCCUAGUGUACCGCUAACAUUUCAUGGGGUCGAUUCUCUUGUCGCCGUCGAUUUUCGGAAUUGGCUCGGGAAUAUUCUGACCGUCAAACUAAGCAUCUUCGAAAUUCUCAACGCCAUCUCUCUCACGCACAUCGCUGGGGUUAUUGCAACCAAAAGUCCAAUAAUACAGACAUCGGGAUAUCCAGCCACUACUACCUGA